AUUUUACUAGCAGCACCUCUCGAUCGCUACAGCACGCGGAGUGGGAUAAAAUGUAACAAAACGUUGUACCUGCUUAAAGGAGCCGUGGUCUGUGUGGUACCACCAACCAACUCACCGCGUAUUCAAAGAAAACCUCCAUUGCUUGGAUCUUGAACGGAAAAUAUUCAAAGUGGUUUUUAUAAACACGGAGCUGAGAAACGAUUUUAACAAGUGGAUACAGUAGGUUAGUGGUACUUUGGCAGACGCCGAAGAUAUAUAUAAAAGAGAUUACUCGGCAAGGAAAAUGAGAAAAACAAUACCUGCAAAUUAGGACCAGCUGCUCAUGACUUCUACAGAAGUGGUCCAUUGGACAAGAAUGGCUUGAUUUUUUGUUGUUGUUGCGUGAAUGACAUUUUGACAGCAGCCCUCAUGCUUCACGGAAAGAAAAAGAAAGUUUGCUGCGUCUGAUUUUGAUAUUAUAUUCUGAGACACGUUGUGUUGUCUAUAUUGCUAUUAGUCGGCGAGACCACCUGUUUGGUGUCGGAUAUUCAUCAUGUCCAAAGUGAUCCAAAAGAAGAAUCACUGGACCACUAAAGUUAACGAGUGCGCGGUCCUCAAAGACGCUCGCGGUGACUUAAAUGUGCAAUUGCUCGGUGGUGCGGAGAACGGAGAGUUCGCCUACAUCGGACAAGUUAACGAUGGUAUCGUGGUUUACAAGAAUGGAAAAUUAACAGAGGGGGCGUUGAUAUUGGAAGUAGAGAACCUCUCGAUCUCUGGGUUGCCCCUGUAUGAUGUACAGACAGUGAUAAAUAAUUGCAAUGGUCCCAUCAGAUUGAAAACGGUCAGACAAGGAAACAAGCUGAAUAAGGACCUGAAGCACUAUCUGAGCCAGCGAUUCCAGAAGUCCUCUCCGGACCACGAGCUGCAGCAGACCAUCCGAGACAACCUCUACCGCCACGCCGUGCCUUGUACAACCCGUCCCCCGCGUCACGGAGAGGUGCCUGGGGUAGAUUACAACUUCCUGCCGGUGGAGGACUUCCUGGCGCUGGAGCAGAGGGGAACCCUUCUGGAAAUAGGAACAUAUGAAGGUAACUAUUAUGGAACACCCAAGCCACCGAUCCAGCCCCCUAGUGGGAAAGUGAUUACUAGUGAUGCUUUGCAAGACAGCCUCCCGGGCUCCCAGCACUCCACUCCCCGACGCACCAAGUCCUACAAUGAGAUGCAAAAUGCUGGAAUAGUGCCUGUAGACCUGGAGGAGGACGAGGAACUCCCGGAGAUGAACAGUAGCUUAACAGGAGACUCAAGUGAACCCGACGAGCACCCCUCUGUGCGCCCCUACGCCCUACGUGAGAACGCCCCGUCCUACGGUGUGAUCAACGCGUCGUCAUCCACCACGGACGGCUCUCAGCAGACACACACACACCUCAGCCUUCCUCCCACAGAGGAGGACCCCCUGGGACCUCUAGCUGACAACUGGGAGAUGGCCUACACCGAGAACGGAGAGGUCUACUUUAUAGACCACAACACAAAGACCACAUCCUGGAUCGACCCCCGGUGCCUGAACAAACCUCCCAAACCCCUGGAAGAAUGUGAAGACGACGAAGGGGUACACACAGAAGAGAUGGACAGUGAGCUAGAGCUGCCAACAGGCUGGGAGAAAAUAGAGGACCCAGUCUAUGGGCUUUACUAUGUGGAUCACUUAACAGCAAGACCAAGUAGUGAGAACCCUAUACUGGAGGCUAAGCGGCGAAAGCAGCUCGAGCAACAGCAGCCACCAGAAGAAUGGAUAGAGGAUGCCACCCUUGCUGGUGCCCCCCUGGCCAACUAUACCGCCAACCACCAGGAGACCUACAGGGACACCCAAGCCAGACCCCCACUGCCGCCCCUCAUCGGGCCAAAACGAGGGAAGCCCUUCUUCACACGGAACCCAGCAGAGCUAAAGGGAACCUUCAUCAACACCAAACUGAGGAAGAGCCACCGGGGGUUCGGCUUCACCGUUGUCGGGGGCGACGAGCCUGAUGAGUUCCUACAGAUCAAGAGUCUGGUUCUGGACGGACCUGCUGCCGUCGACGGCAAGAUGGAGACAGGUGACGUGAUCGUGAGUGUCAAUGACACAUGCGUACUGGGCUACACCCACGCUCAGGUGGUGAAGGUCUUCCAGUCCAUCCAGAUCGGCUCCAUCGUCAACCUGGAGCUUUGCCGCGGCUACCCCCUGCCCUUUGACCCAGACGACCCCAACACUAGCCUGGUGACCUCCGUGGCCAUCGUGGACAAGGAGCCUAUCAUCAUCAACGGCCAGGCGAGCUACGACUCUCCGUCCAGCCACGGCAGCCAGACCGGAGGCCCCGUUAAUGGGACGAGAGAGUCAGGACCCCACAGCCCCUCCUCUGCCGAGGUGGCGUCCAACGGCUCGCACAGUUACCCCAGCGACUCUGUGACGCUGGCGUCAUCCAUAGCGACGCAGCCGGAGCUGAUCACAGUGCACAUGGAGAAGGGAGACAAAGGCUUUGGGUUCACCAUCGCAGACAGCCCUGCAGGGGGAGGACAGAGGGUCAAACAGAUCGUAGACUACCCCCGCUGCAGGGGCCUGAAGGAGGGGGACAUUAUCGUGGAGGUGAACAAGAGGAACGUCCAGAGCAUGAGCCACAACCAGGUGGUGGACCUGCUCAGCAAGUGCCCCAAAGGAAGUGAGGUCACCAUGCUGGUGCAGAGAGGUGGAGGGGUGGCUCCUGCAAAGAAGAGCCCAAAGCUGCAGUUAGCGAGGAAGGACAGUCAGAACAGUUCUGUGCACAGUGUUUCCAGCCACCGGAGUACCCACACUGACUCCCCUGUGCACCCGUCCCUGGCCACCCCAUUCAGCGAGAGCGCCGCCCCCCCACCCCCCUCCCAGCCCCUGCCCGGCCUGCCUCCCCAGGACCCCCAGGCAGACGGGACCAUCCAGAGGAAACCGGACCCCUUCAAGAUCUGGGCCCAGUCCAGGAGCAUGUAUGAAAGUAGGCUGCCUGAUUUCCAGGAGCAGGACAUCUUCCUGUGGAGAAAGGACACGGGCUACGGGUUCCGGAUCCUGGGAGGGAACGAGCCAGGAGAGCCAAUCUACAUAGGGCACAUAGUGAAGUACGGGGCGGCGGAUGAGGACGGGCGCCUGCGUUCGGGGGAUGAGCUCAUCUGUGUGGACGGCACGGCGGUGGUGGGGAAGUCUCACCAGCUGGUGGUACAGCUGAUGCAGCAGGCCGCCAAGCAGGGCCACGUCAACCUCACUGUGCGACGGAAGACCGGCUACGGCGGGUCUAAAGGGGAGGGCGAGGUGCCCCCGUCCCCAGCCUCGUCCCACCACAGCAGCACACAGGCCCCCUCCCUGACCGAGGAGAAGCGGACCCCCCAGGGCAGCCAGAACUCCCUCAACACUGUCAGCUCCGGCAGUGGCUCCACCAGCGGCAUCGGCAGCGGGGGCGGUGGGGGCUCGGGUAGCACCGUGGUCAACACUGCCCUGCAGCCCUACGACGUGGAGAUCCGCCGCGGGGAGAACGAGGGCUUCGGAUUUGUGAUUGUUUCCUCUGUGUCCCGACCCGAGUCUGGCACCACCUUUGCUGGAAAUGCAUGUGUGGCCAUGCCCCACAAAAUAGGUCGUAUUAUUGAGGGGAGCCCUGCGGACCGCUGUGGGAAGCUGAAGGUGGGAGACCGUAUCCUGGCCGUCAACGGCUGCUCCAUCACCAACAAGUCCCACUCGGAUAUCGUCAACCUGAUCAAGGAGGCCGGGAACACGGUCACGCUAAGGAUCAUUCCCGGAGACGAGUCCUCUAAUGCAUCACUGCUGACCAACGCUGAGAAGAUCGCCACUAUAACAACCACUCACACGCCCCAGCAACAGGCUGCACCUGAACCCAGAAACAACACCAAACCAAAACAGGAGUCCUCUUUUGAGUUCAAAUCCCCCCAGGCCCCUCCUCCCCCCGCCCCAACAACACAACCUCCAGCCCAGGAUGCUGGCUUCUACUCGGUGGACCUGGAGAGGGAGAACAAAGGUUUUGGGUUCAGCCUGAGAGGAGGUCAUGAGUACAACAUGGACCUGUAUGUGCUGAGAUUAGCUGAGGACGGAGCAGCUGUACGCAAUGGCAAGAUGAAGGUGGGAGAUGAGAUCCUGGAGAUAAACGGUGAGAGCACCAAGGGCAUGAAGCACGCCCGCGCCAUCGAACUGAUUAAAAAUGGCGGCCGCCGCGCCCGCCUAGUCCUCAAACGGGGCGACGGCUCGGUGCCUGAAUAUGGUGGGUCAAUCUACGAAAACAUUCCAUUUUCCCCCGUCUUCACCCCCUGAGCGCGCACACACACUCCCCGUGGGGGAGGGGCGGGUUGGGUAUACGAGAGGACGCCUGUCUCCUCUCCUGUCCUGCUAUGUCCUGUGCUAUACUUUGGGCCUUCCACUGACUUCCACUGUCCACUGGGUGUGUCUGGUUUUGCUCCCUUCGGGUCUGGGUCAACCGUUGUCACCUUUUAACCUUCUGCUGUGUGUCACUGAGCGGGGCGCGGCUUGGGGAGCAGGGCUUUCUGGGAUGCCCCAAGGAUGAUAGUGGUCUAUGUAACCCCUUGGAAAAAGAGGGUCACAUGCAAAGAAAGAAAAACAGUGAAAGAACUGUGAGGAGAGAAAAAAAAUCAAAAAAGAUGAGUGUUUCUAAAUGUGGAUAUACAGUAUGUUUAUUGAGUCCUUGCUGAAGUAUAUUUUUAGUGUAAAAAAAAAAGAAAAAGAACUUGAUCUAUUGCAUCCCGUGUUAAACUGGGAAAUGCUCUCUGGUUGGAUUGCAUCGCCAAGCUUUAAGAUGGCUUAAUGAACAUAUAUAUGGUAUUUAUUGAAGGUGAAUGUAAGCUACUGAGUUUAGAACUUCAGUCUAGACGGUCUUGAAAUGAGAGCAUUCUAAUACUUUCUACCAUUUCAUCGGGAAAUUCACAAUACUUUGUUUGACAUAUUCACAAAUCCAUGGAUUUAUUCUCACCUACUGUGUAACUGUCAUUGGAAAACUGUGAUUCUGGAGACUCCGCUCAUUCCUGACAAUUCAACUCAAUUCAGCUCCACCUCUACAGACAUUUUUGUAACUAAAAAAAGAAACAUUUUUACAAGUAUUUUUGUUCAUGUAGAGAGCCAUGAAUCAACCCAUAUAUUCAUCUCGAAAGUAUAUUGCUGCAUGAAGUUGUUGAAGUUGAAAUCCAAAUGUUUAUUUAAUUUUUUGUCAAUUUUCCAUAAUAUUUAUGGUAUAUUUCAUUUUAAUUGUAUUGAUCUGUGAAUUGAUAGUCACAAUUCAUCUUAUUGCAUUUUUGAUUUUGGAAAAUAUUGUCCUUUUAUUCAUGUAUUUAGUUGCGCCGAGAAUAUGCUAUGUCUUUCCUGCACCAAUAAGACAUCUCUGUGAGGUUGUAUAUUAUACUUUUUUUUUUGUACUUUUAGUUUCCACUCUUUGACAUUUAUUUUAUGUUGUCAAUGUAAAUGGCUUCAUACUGUGUUGUGUGUGCAUCUCGCUGUCACUAUGGGGUUGGUGUCACAUGUGUGUGUGUGUGUGUGUGUGUGUGUGUGUGUGUGUGUGUGUGUGUGUGUGUGUGUGUGUGUGUGUGUGUGUGCUCGGUUCCAGGACUUUUCACUCAAGGAUGGGGUUAUUUCCUGGACUGUUUCUUUCUCUGAGUGAUUAAAUGUUCAAAUAAACACCUUUUCCAUUGAAAAUUAAACACAGACAAUAAUU